AUGGGGGACCAGAGGCCGCAGGACCGGCUGAUGUCCCCAGGCAUGGACUCCAAGCCCCGGUACUGUAACCAUCUGCCUUCCAAGUGCUUCGCAAAGGGCAAGCACGGGCGCCUGAGGUUCCCAUCCAUGGACACCCAGAACUGGGUAUUUGUGAGGGAGGGCAUGGACGACUUCCGCUACGGCUGUCCAUCUCCCAAAGACACGCUCGUUUGUCACCGUGACGAGUUUUUACUCCCCAAAAUAUCUGUCAGAGGUCCCCAAGCAGACCCCAAACGACGGCAGAAAAAGCUGCUCAAGAAAGUGGCGCUAUUUUCCAAGCUCUCUCCAGCGCAGCUAACACGGAAGGCGUUUGUAGAGCAAGUGGAAGCCGAGCUCAUGGCCAAGCAUCCCUUGGCCAUGUACCCCAAUCUGGGAGAAGAUCUGCCUCCAGAUCUCCUACUACAGGUGCUGCAACAGCUGGAUCCUGAGAGGAAGCUGGAGGACCCUUGGGCUCGUUGUGAGGCCCGGGAGAAGACAACUGAGGUACCCACUGAGCCUGCUCAAUAUCCCCAUGGGGAGUUCUGCCUGCGGCCUUUCGAGACUGGCGUGUCCCAUCUCCACCCAGUGCCUCCCAAGACUCCGGUAUCCAGUCUCCGCCCGGAGCCUCCAGAGACUGGAGUGACCCAUCGGCGCCCGGAGCCUCCAGAGACUCCUCGGAGGUCCAGUCUCCACCCGCAGCCUCCCAAGACUCCUCGGGGGUCCAGUCUCCACCCGCAGCCUCCCAAGACUCGUCCAGGGUCCAGUCUCCACCCGGAGCCUUCCGAGACUGGAGUGACCCAUCUGCGCCCGGAGCCUCCCAAGACUCCUCGGGGGUCCAGUCUCCACCCGCAGCCUCCCAAGACUCCUCGGGGGUCCAGUCUCUGCCCGCAGCCUUCCAAGACUGGACUGUCACAUCUCUGCCUGGAACCUCCCGACACUACUCAGAUGUCCAAUCUCCUACUAGACGUGCUGAAAUUGCUGGAUCCUGGGAGGACGCUGAAGGACGUAUGGGAUCGUUGUGAGGCCCGGGUGAAGAAAACUGAGGAACCCACCGAGCCUGAUCAAUGCCCUUGUGAGGAACCCUGCCUGCAGCCUCCCGAGACUCCGGUGUCCCAUCCACACCCAGAGCCUCCCAAGACUCGUCAUGUGUCCAGUCUCCGCCCGGAGCCUCCCAAGACUCCUCAUGUGUCCAGUCUCCGCCCGGAGCCUCCCAAGACUCGUCGAGUGUCCAGUCUCUGCCAGGAGCCUCCCAAAGCUCCAGAGUCCCAUCAAUUCUUGGAGCCUCCCAAGAUUGGAGCAUCCCGCAUGAAAGAACUGCUUCAGGAAGAUAUGCCAAGCACAAAAGAGUGCAUUUCUGACCCUCUUCAAUAUCGAUACACAUCAGAAAAACUCCAUGAAUUCUUCAAGUGGGCUGCAGACCUGGGAGUUGAUGAAGAAACAAUCUGGAAUCUGUUUGACUUCACCACCGAGUACAGAGCAACCCAUGACGACCAAAAGAUUAAGAAGGUAAACGAGUGCUCCUCAGAGCUGAAGUACAGCAUGGAGCUAGAUGAAAAGGAUGAGGACAAAUUCUUCUCACAGGAAAAAUACUGGGGCAGGAAAUUUCACACGCCAUCGAAUUCUUAUACUGCUCAGCCUGUGAAGAUGAGGUAUGGAGCAUGGUACCUCAAGCCAAAGUUGUGGAAAAAGCGAAGAAGUGAUGAACCUUUGACUGACCCCAAGCUCUUACUUAAAAAGCCUGAUGAACCUGACGUUCUUGACGAUCUUUAUGGACCAAUUGCCUUUAAGGAUUUCAUUCUAAGCAAGGGCUAUGAAAUGCCUGGAAUCCUCGAAAGGCUGUUUGCCAGGAAGGGAUGGACUUAUGACUCUGUUAAGACUCCUAUUCAACGUGCAAUGAUAUUUUACAAGUACAAAGAAAUCGUAGAGUCAUCGGAAGAAGAUUAGGCGCUUUUCAAUUUACUGCUCAAUAGGGUAUUUCUUGCUCUCAUUUUAAUCAUCAAUCAUAAUUUAUGAUGACUGGCCCCCUGGAUGUACAACUUUGGCAACAUCUGUAAAUUCAAUACCUAAUGUUUAUCAAUAUUUCUUAAUGA